CUUCCCUGCACCGGCCAUUGGACGGUCGAAAUGGCCGGCCCAUGCGACAUGCCCGCCACAUCCGUCUCCAUCGCACAACAUGUGUUUUACCAUCGAGAGGCGACACUCCAUCGUCCUUGCCAUCCUAGUCAGAUUCCUCACUAUUCAAUUUCCAGCACUUGCAGCAACACUCCUCUCCACGAUGCACGCGUCGCUCCUCCGCACCACGUCGCGCGUCUCGGUCCGGUCCUUUAGCGCGGUCCGCGCUUCCGCCCCGUCGCUCAUCGAAGCCAACCACUUCAAGACGCACCCCAAGACCGACGGCCACUUUGCCGACACCAAGAUCCAGUCGUGGGCCACCGUACCGCAAACAUGGGAAAACCCGAUCCCGCACGCCAUCUACAGUCCCGAAGACCUCGCCAAGAUCCACCCGACGCACCGCGAGCCCGUCGAGAUGCACGCCAAAGUCGCCCUCGCCGCCAUCCGCGUCAUGCGCUCCAGCUUUGACUUUGUCUCACGCUACAAGGGCCCGGGCGGCGGCAUGAAGGCUGGGGACUGGGUCAACCGCGCGCUCUUCCUCGAGACGGUCGCCGGUGUCCCCGGCAUGGUCGCCGGCAUGGCCCGCCACCUCCGCUCGCUGCGCACGAUGCAGCGGGACCAGGGCUGGAUCCACACGCUCCUCGAGGAGGCCGAGAACGAGCGCAUGCAUCUGCUCAUCUUCCUCAACAUGAAGUCGCCAGGUCCGCUCUUCCGCCUCUUUGUACUCGGCGCGCAAGGCGUCUUCUUCAACGUGUUCUUCCUCGCGUACCUAACGUCGCCCAAGACGUGCCACCGCUUCGUGGGGUACCUCGAGGAAGAGGCCGUCCACACGUACACGGCGCUCGUCCAAGACAUUGAGAACGGCCAUGUCGACCAUUGGGACACGGACAUUGCGCCGCUGAUCGCACGCAACUACUACAAGCUGCCCGAGACCGCGACCGUCCUGGACAUGAUCAAGUGCAUUCGCGCCGACGAGGCCAACCACCGCGAUGUCAACCACACGUUUGCCGACGUCGAGUGGAAGACGGCGGUCAACCCGUUCUUGGCCAAGCACAACUAGAGCUUGAAUCAACAAACCUUGUAGAACUACGCACCACACUAUACAUGCUUUUCUUUGAUGAGUACUAGAACAUUUUGUUUUUUGGCGAA